CCCUCGUCGAUCGCCCAGACGGGGGACAGUCGCGGAUUCCCGCUUCUCCUUGUCGAUCAUGCGAUCUUGUUGCCGUUGGCAUUUAUUCCUUCCUCUCGUUCUUCUCCUCUAUCGCCCCUCACAUUCGAGGCGAGACGAUGACGAGGAAGAAAGGCCGAGGUUUGCUCAACCGCUGGGGAAUCAGACGGUGGUGAAGGGAAGGAAUACCACCUUCUGCUGCGUCAUCGACAACGUCGGCAAAUACAAGGUCGCCUGGGCCCACGAAGGCCGCCAGAUGGUCCUGGUCGUGGACGACGUGGUGGCGACGAAGAUCCCCCGCUUCGGCACGACCCACUCCCACGACCGGACCGUCUGGCGGCUCCACGUCCACAACGUCCAGGAAUCCGAUCAGGGCUAUUACAUGUGCCAAUUGAACACGGAGCCGAUGAUGAAGCAGCGCGGCCUCCUUCACGUCCUCGUCCCUCCCGAGAUCUCCGACGAGGCGAGCUCCCCCUCCAGGCUGCAGGUCGUGGAGCACAGCGAGGCCAUCCUCCUCUGCGCGGGGCAGGGGAAGCCCCCGCCGAACAUCUCCUGGCGGAGGGAGGACGACGCCCCCAUUCACGUCAACAAGUCUCUCCGAGGUCAGAAUUCC